AUGGCCCUUACAAGAGGAGAGUCGCAGCAAAGAGGCUCUCUAACAUUGGACCGUCUCUCUGUGACCUGUGAAAAUAUUUGUGCUCUGAGGGAAACCAAUGUGCAGUUGAAGUGCUCUUAUGACGAGGACAACAUCAAAUCUGUGUUCUGGUUCAGCGAGAAACAAAGAACAAACUGGAGAAAAUACAAUGAACCUGAAGAUUUGACUUUAGACUCAGAUUACUCAGGACGGGUGAAAUAUGAGAUCUCAAGCAGCUAUUCAACGCUCACAAUAUCAGACGUGAGAGAGACAGACUCUGGAGAAUAUCAGCUCAUGUUCAUCAUGAAGGAUGGAGUUAAACAUCUCAGCUCAUCGGCUGUCAGUCUAACAGUCACAGUCCUGCAGGUGAGGAUGAAUCCUGGAUCUACAGACCAGAUGGAUCAGAGAGUAAAACUUACCUGUGAGACUUCCUGUGCGUCCAGUCCUCAGAAUUACUACUGGAAAAAAAAUGGACAAUAUGAAGAAGAUCUUAGUCAUUCCAGGAGCAUUGAAGUUUCAUUCGAAGCUGGUGUCAGUUACUCGUGUUUUCUUAUUCCAGAUCUUAGGAUCUACUCCUCUCCUGUAUGCAUUUCUAAGAGUGGCUGCUGGGGAGUGACUUACUCCUCUAGAAGAGUCUGUGCUUUGGUCGGCUCAACAGUAGACAUUUCCAGCACAUACACACAUCCCCCUGGUCAUACUGUAAAUAAAACAUUCUGGCAUUAUGUUCAGCCUGGUGACUUAAAGGAUCUGCGUGAGGAGCAUCAGUUUGCUGGUCGUGUGGAGUAUGUGGAGAACAAACUGAGAAUCAAAGAGCUCAAGAUCAGUGACUCUGGAGAAUAUCGAUUCAGGUUCAUGACUGCCUCAGAACAAUACUCUGGAUCACCUGGAGUCAUUCUUACUGUGACAGAUAUGCAGGUGAAAAGCAGCCAAUCUGUUCUCUCAGAGGGACAGGAAGUGAUAUUAAUCUGUUCAACUAAAUGCACUCUGGACGACAAACAUACUUACAUCUGGUACAAGAACAGACGACAGGUAACAGAUGGAUUCACUAAAGACAACAAGCUGUACCUGGACUCAGUCAGUGAUGAAGAGCUUCACCAGUAUUCCUGUGCUGUAGGAGAUCCAGUGGACAGCACAGAGUUCAGCCAUUAUGCUGUCACUCUGCUGGUGUUUUCACCUCAGUUUCUCAUAAUAGCAGCUCUGUGGAUGUGGUGA